CGGGGAAUUGCCGGUGAAUUCUGCUGAAGGGCGAACACCCAACUUGUUCCUCCCUCACACCUUUUUCUGAGAGUCUGAGUAACAGCUGCUGCUGCUGCUGCUGCUCCUCCUCCGGGAGGGGGUCUGACAGUGCUCAGCAGUACAUCCCCCCCCCCCGCAAAGCUCCCUACUCCGGUGUGGGAGGCGGCUGCAGCCUAGGCACUCGCUCUCCUCCCUCCCUCCGCUAGCACCCCAACCGCCACCCUGCGUGGGACCCGCCCAAACUCGGUGGGAGAGCAGCCGGGGAAGAAACGCGAGGGAACUUCCGCGGGGCGGGUGCGCACCCGGGCUUGGCUGGGCCUGAGCUCUUCCUGGCUCCUCUGGGAAUAAAGCCCCGUUGGGGGGGGGGCACGGACAGCUGUCCCCGGUGCCACUGCAGGCCACGCGGGCUGUGGGAGAUGCAGCCACGGGGCUCCGCUUCUGACGUGCUCAGGUUCUGGCAGCUCUCCUGCUGGAGGCUCCUGCUCCUGACUGGCCUGGUCUUUGCGUGCCCGGUUCAGGGGAGAAACAAUGGCCUGCUGGACCUUGAUCGGGAAUCAGAGCCCCAGCAACGACACCAACCCGCCCGCGGAACAUGGACACACUGGGGCAGCUGGAGUGCAUGUUCCAGCACCUGCGGGGACGGCGUCUCCUUCCGGAUCCGGAGGUGUAUCAGGCUUCCUGGAGAAGACCCUUGCAGAGCGGAGGCCAGGCAGUAUCGUGUCUGUGAGCGGGAAGCCUGCCCAGCUGGCGCUGUCCCCUUCAGGGCAAUGCAGUGCGCCCUCUACAACAGCAGGCCCAUCCCAGGGGGGCAGGCCCAGUACCAGUGGGUCCCCUUCCAUGGAGCUGCCAACCUCUGUGACCUAAACUGCCUGGCGGUGGGACACAAUUUUUACUACAGCUUUGGCCGAGUCCUGGACGGAACCCUCUGCAGCCCAGCAUCGCCAGAUCUCUGCAUCAGCGGCCGGUGCUUGACAGCCGGUUGUGAUGGGAUCCUGGGCUCCGGGGUGCUGGCCGAUGCCUGUGGUGUCUGUGGAGGCCGGAGCGAGUCCUGUGUCUUCGUCCAGGAAGCCUUCCGGGCGGCGAUUCCCGCCUCUGGUUUCUUUGGGUACAGGAAUGUGACCCGGAUCCCAGCUGGAGCCAGACAGAUCAGGGUGAUCGACCACAGCCGCAACUACCUCGCCCUGAUGGAAGCAAACCAGCACUAUGUCCUCAAUGGGGAGUGGGCUGUGGAUCGGCCAGGUGCAUUCAAAGCAGCAGGCACCCAGUGGCAUUACACUCGCACGGAUAACGGGCACGAGACCCUUGAGGCGGCUGGACCCACAAGCGAGGAUCUGUUUAUCAUGGUCCUUUUUCAGGAGGAGAACCUCAGCAUAGACUACCAGUACUGGGGGCCAAGGAAGCAGAUCCCCCACCGCGCACAGGGGGAGGGCCAUGCUCUGCGCCAGGCCCAGGCCAGAGAGGUAGAGGCCCAGCACCCAGAAGAGCCUGCAGACUUUCCUGAAGCCACAGCAGUGACGCGACGUUUCACCAAGGCCCAGGAGGUGGCCAACGAGGCGCUGCAGAAGAAGGUCACCCCAGCACCGAGGACUCCUACAGCACCAGGACGGUGUGGGAAGUGCGACCCGCCGAGAGGGAAGUCGCAACGCCUUCACCACUACUGCAACAGCGAUUUCGUCUUCCGAGCCAGGAUCCUCUCGAAGCGCUACGUCGGCUCCGAGACGCGCUACGAUGUGCAGGUGCUGCAGACCUACCGCAACCGCUUCCCGCUGCGUUCGCGCGAGUACCUCUGGGUGCCCAACACCUGCGACUGCCCCCACCUGCUGGAGCGGCGCGAGUAUCUGCUCAUGGCGCGGAACCACGUCAACUUCGAGCAGACCCGCAACCGGCUCCUGUUGCAGCGCGGAGGCUACGCCCGGCCCUGGUCGCCCCGCGAGGAUCUGCAGCUGCGCGACGCCGCCCCGCGUUGCCAGCCCGGCCCGCCCGCCUGAGAGCCUCCGCCUGCGCCAGGGAGCCGCGAGAGCCCCCCCCCCCGACUGCUGAGCGCGCCACGGACGCCCCUUGCGCCCUGCCCGGCAGGGGAGCGCGCGCUUCUGCGCCCAGACGCCGGACUCCGCAGCCACCGCCGGCGCGCUGGGCUUCUGAGCCGGCCGGCCGCGCGGCACACCCCGCUGCGCCGCGUCCAAGCCGGGCGAGUCCGGGAGGCUCUCUCACCUCCCCAGGACCGAGCGGAAGGGCGUCAGAUCAGCCCCGAAAUUGUCCCCCGGAAGAGCCUCCGAGCCCCGGGCGCCCACUCGCCUCUGGCUCCCUUGGGUGAUGCUGCUCCCGGGCGGGCGGGCGGACGGACCGCACCAGCCGCCCCGUUCUGUUUCAGGCUCAGGGAAUCGCCCCGGGUGUUUCUCCUGCCACCACGGAAGCCAUCUUCGGCCCAUUAUCCUUGCAUACCUUUUACAUUCCAACUCGGUAUCGUUAACCUUCGGAUGGAAUUUUAAGUUUAAAAUAAAUGUACACGUAAACCACAA